UUAAUCAACAUGGAUAUAAACGGGCCAGAGCAACCUGCGGAGAUUACGCUACGUAGCUGCCCCGGCACCACGCCUGGCACACCUCUAAGCAAAAACCAGUUGAAGAAGCAGCGGAAGCUAGCCGAAAUGCUGGAACAGCGAAAGUUGCGGCGCCAGAAGGAGCGCGAGCGCCGAAAGGAGAAAAAGGCUGUGGCCAAGGCCAAUGGGUUGCCGCUUAGUGCGGGACCCUCACGCAAGGAGCUGAAACGGCGGCAGCUAUCGGCAACCAGUAGUCAGAGCUCUGCUGAUGCGAUCAGCGUAGCAAUCGAUUUGGACUACGAUGACCUGAUGCAGGAGCGAGAUAUUGCCAAGUGUGUGAAGCAAUGUCUGCGUAUCUAUACGAUCAAUCGACGUGCAGCACAGCCGCUACGUUUGCACUUUACGGGCAUUAAGCGCGAGGGACACAUUCACGAAUGCUUUAAGAAGAACGACGGCUGGGAAAACUGGCACGUGGACUACCACUUUGAUCGCACGCACACGGAACUCUUCGACCAGAAGCAGUUGGUCUAUUUAACCUGCGAAUCGGAUACGGUACUGGAGCAUCCACAGCCCGGGCAUACGUAUGUGAUUGGCGGCCUUGUCGAUCACAACCAUUUGAAGGGUCUGUGCCAUCAACGUGCCACAAGUGCUGGACUCUUGACGGCGCGCCUGCCACUCAGCGAACACGUGGAUAUGAAGACACGUUCCGUGCUCAGCACCUUCCAUGUGUUUGAGCUGCUAACACGCGUGGCAGCUGGGCAGGAUUGGACGCAAGCGAUUCUAGAAACUAUUCCACAGCGUAAGGGUGCCAAAGCCAAGAUUAGCUUAGGCACAAAUGCGCAACUGAAGGAAGAGAAACCACGUGAGCCGCAGGAAGACGAACACAAAAAUCAGCCAAAGGCAGAAAGUUGACCUCAUUUGAAGUUGAAAUUAUU